AUGGCAUUGAGCACCCAAAGAGACCCUGCCUUUCUUCCUUCACCUGAUCAGUCUGCUCCUCAACCGAACCACGAUGUGUUUUUGAGUUUCAGGGGUGAGGACACUCGAAAUAGCUUUGUAUCCCAUUUAUACCAUGAAUUGCAGCUCAGGGGCAUUAAAACAUUCAAGGAUGAUCCAAAGCUUGAAAGAGGGACAGCUAUUUCUUCGGGGCUCUUCAACGCAAUCGAAGAAUCAAGGCUUGCAAUCGUUGUCCUCUCGCCAAAUUAUGCAUCUUCUUCCUGGUGCUUGGAUGAGCUUACAGAGAUUCUCCAAUGCAUGAAACCCAAGGGCACAAUUCUGCCAGUGUUUUAUCAUGUGGAUCCCUCCGAUGUGAGAAAACAAAGCGGCAGUUUUGCGUGCGCGUUCGCUGAGCAUGAGGAAAGGUUUAGGGAAGACAGAGAAAGGGUGAAGAGGUGGAGAACUGCUUUAACUGAAGUGGCCAAUUUAUCUGGGUUUGAUUCAAAGAAUGAGUGUGAAAGAAAGCUUAUUGAAAAUAUUGUUGAAUGGGUGUGGGAGAAAGUGCAUCACAGAUUCAAAUUGUUAGAUUCCAAGGGGAUAUGGGGGAUGGGCGGAAUUGGCAAAACAACCAUUGCUCAUCUAGUUUAUGAUAGCAUUUCUACCCGUUUUGAAGUUAGCAGCUUUCUUGCUAAUGUUAGAGAGGUUUCUCAACGUGUUGUCAUUAAGAAUUGCUUGUAUAAUAAAAAGGUUCUUCUCAUUCUUGAUGAUGUGAGUGAAUCAAGCCAACUUGAAAAGUUGGCUGGUGAAAAGGAUUGGUUUGUUGGAACGCCUUUAAAAAAAAGAGCCGGAGGAAGGUUAUUUGGAAUUGUCAAAGGUUUUGUAAAUUAUGCCAGAGGACUUCCACUAGCUCUUAAACUUUUGGGAUGCGUAGUGUAUAAGAGAGAUCAAUAUGAAUGGAAAAGUGAAUUGGAUAAGCUGCAGGAAAUUCCUAAGUCAGAAAUUAUUGAUUUGCUCAAAAUAAGUUACGAUGGACUGGAUGAGAUGAAUAAGGAUAUAUUUCUUGAUGUUGCAUUUUUUCACAAGGGGAUGUCCAAGGAGCGUGUAAUUGAAAUACUAGACUGCUGUGGCCUAUGUGGUCAUAUUGGGAUAAAUGCUCUUGUUCAGAAAUCACUUUUAACUAUGGAUAUUUCAAAUAACACGGUUGAGAUGCAUGAUUUGAUACAAGAAAUGGCAUUGGAAAUUGUUCGUCGGGAGUGCUCUGAAGAGCCUGAGAACAUGGGAGAGAUGGAGUGUUUACAUACGCUUCAUCUGAAUGGAACUGCUAUAAGACAGCUGCCAUGCUGCAUUGUUGGUUUGAAAAAACUGAGGGAUCUAUCUUUGGGUGGAAGAAGUGGAUUACAGCCUAAUAAAUCAAGACAUAAUGCUGGAACACAAAAAUCUUGUGUGAAGAAGUGUGGGUUUCGUUUGGUGCACGAGCAAGAUGUGGAACAACUCAACCAGAUCAUGAUGAACAAAUCCAUCAUCAAGAGCACUACUACUUGUCCUACCAAAUCAGCUGAUGCACAAGGUCAACAACGCCACGAUGACGAGGAGGCUAGUCCUAGUGGAAGUGUAGCUCUCACCAAAAAUCUCUCUUCUGCAAUACCUAUGCUCUUUCCAAAGAGGCAGACCAAGAUGAAUUAA